AAUAUUCAUCUGCAUACACCUGCUAGAGCUUAAUCUGUAGUAGGAAGUUUCUUCCUUUAAUGCAAAUGGUAUGUCUUCGGCUGUAUUUAGCUUUCUGUCCAGGUGCUCAUGGAACAUCACAGAAACAAUGCCAUUUCACAGAUUGGUUUUAAUGAAAAUGUGAUAGUAUAUUCUGUGCAUCAGAACUGCAAGAGAAGCCAAGAGAACUUUUGGUAAUUUAGCUAUUAUAAUUGCACAAAAAGUGCCGCAAAUACAGCAGAUCUUGAAAAGCUAAUUCAAACCAAAACUCUUGAAUCCUCUUUUUUGGCUUUAGAGCCACUUAUUCCCCCUUUUGCAUAUUUCAAGAACCAUGAUGGUCCCACUGAGCUCAUUUUUUUUUUGGUCGGAAAUUCUUAACCAUUAAGCUCAUUCAAAAGCCUCUUUCCCUUUGCUUUAUCACAGCCCCCCUGUUAUGUAGAGAUCGAAAAGCAGCACCAAUCUUCAUCCCUUCCCCUUAAGUUUCUUUUCUUGAUAUCAGUAACACCAUUCUAGCAAAUGAAAAUGCCCAAUCUCCCACCUCCACCACCCUCUCCGCUUCCUCCUCCUCCACCACCAACACCAACACCAACACCCCCACCCCCACCAGCAUCACAACCAAGUUCACAGGGCCCAACUCCCUCCAAAAAACAACCUACUCCAAUCUCACCAAUCCAAGUCGCAAAAUCAAGGCGAGGUAUUAGUCCACUUACUAGAAAGCAGGACAGGUUUGAUCUUGGCACGGAAAAGUUGAGAUCUGGACUAAUACUUCAGCAAACUCGACCUCGCAGGACUAAUCUGCUCGUGUGGUGCAGUGCCAUACUCUGUCUCCUCUUUAGCCUCAUUCUCAUCUUCUUAGGAAUCGCAACUUUGAUAAUUUUCGUGGCAAUCAAACCAAGGUAUCCACUUUUUGACAUAUCUGCAGCCAAUCUCAACAGCAUCUACUUUGAUUCGCCAGACUAUUUCAAUGGCGAUUUGAUCCUUCUUGUGAAUUUCUCAAAUCCAAAUAAGAAGUUGGAUGUGAGGUUUGAGUAUCUGGAUGUAGGACUGUAUUUCUCUGACAGGUUCAUAGCCACUCAAGCACUUCAACCUUUCACUCUGAGAAAAGGAGAAAAGAGGUUGGAAUCAAUUCACAUGAUAUCAAGUUUGGUCUACAUGCCACCGAACCUGGGCGUACAACUUCAGAAUCAGUUACAGAGCAACAAAGUUAGCUACUAUGUAAGAGGCACCUUCAAGGUCAGAGCAACUCUGGGAUUGGUUCAUUUCUCUUAUUGGCUGCACGGUCGAUGCCAGUUAGAAAUGACUAGUCCACCAACUGGGGUGCUACUAGGCCGCAUCUGCAAGGCAAAGAGAUGACUAUCCGGACGCAGCUUUUUCCUUGUAUAUCUUUGCUUUCAUCUUUCUGAUCAAACUUGAAUUGAUUGUAGCCUACUCACAGGAUGAAAUCAGUUUCAAUGCCGAUGUAGCUCACUUUCAUCAUACAGAUUAAGUUCAUGAGAACUAUUGAAUUCUCAAAAGCAGUUUAGCUAUGACUUUCUAUAUAUGCAACUUCCAGGUUUAUGCCAUCAACGGUUUUCUAUACUAUCAUCUCCAAAUCUAAUACACUUAAAUUGAUAAAACUCGGUAAAGUAAAAUUGCUACAAGCAGCCUAAAUGUGAAUCCUUUGGCGAUAGUAUUUGCUUUUCAAAACCAUUGAACCCAGGUAUAAUAGACCUUGCAUUAUUUAACAGUGGUGCUUUAGGACACAUUCCUCAUCAAUGCACACAAUGCAUCUCAGCGACAGAAUUAGUCCGGCUGCCCUGGGCAUUCGCAAAGGUACCUCCGACAGGAAUUAUCCAAUUCAACAAUAGCUGACAGACAGAGUGCAUGAGGAAGAAUUG